AUGAGUGGAUGUCCCGUUCACAACACCUCGGCCAACGUGGCCGGUGGUGGUACUCGCAACCGCGACUGGUGGCCCAAUGCCAUCAAGCUCAACAUUUUGCGCCAGCACACCGAGGCUACCAACCCCAUGAGCAAGGACUUCGACUAUGCCUCUGCCUUCAAGAGCCUUGACUACUAUGCCCUGAAGAAGGAUCUGAAUGACCUGAUGACCGACUCCAAGGACUUCUGGCCGGCUGAUUUCGGCCACUACGGCGGUCUGUUUAUCCGUAUGGCGUGGCACAGCGCGGGUACUUACCGUGUCUUCGACGGCCGUGGCGGUGGUGGUCAGGGUCAGCAGCGAUUUGCUCCCCUCAACAGCUGGCCUGACAAUGUCAGUCUUGACAAGGCCCGCCGCCUGUUGUGGCCCAUUAAGCAGAAGUACGGUGACAAGAUCUCCUGGGCUGAUCUGCUCCUCUUGACCGGUAAUGUUGCUCUUGAGUCCAUGGGUUUCAAGACCUUCGGCUUUGCCGGUGGUCGCCCUGACACCUGGGAGGCCGAUGAGUCCGUCUACUGGGGUGGCGAGACCGAGUGGUUCGGCAACAAUGUCCGUUACCUGCCCGAGGCCAAGGAGCACGAGGCCAAGCAGAGCGAUAUCAAGACUCGCGAUCUGGAGGACCCCUUGGCUGCCGUCGUUAUGGGUCUGAUCUACGUCAACCCCGAGGGUCCCAACGGUGUUCCUGACCCCGUUGCUGCUGCCCGUGAUAUUCGUGUCACCUUCGGCCGCAUGGCCAUGAACGACGAGGAGACCGUUGCCCUGAUUGCCGGUGGUCACACCUUCGGCAAGACCCACGGUGCUGCCCCAGCUGACAAUGUUGGUGCCGAGCCUGAGGGAGCCGGUCUCGAGCAGCAAGGACUUGGCUGGACCAACAAGCACCAGUCGGGCAAGGGCCCUCACGCCAUUACCUCCGGUCUGGAGGUCACCUGGACUAAGACUCCCACAAAGUGGAGCAACCAGUUCCUUGAGUACCUCUUCAAGUACGACUGGGAGCUGACCAAAUCCCCCGCCGGUGCCAACCAGUGGACUGCUAAGAACGCCGACGACAUCAUCCCUGAUGCCCAUGACCCCAGCAAGAAGCAGAAGCCUCGCAUGUUGACCACUGAUCUAUCUCUGCGCUUCGACCCCACCUACGAGAAGAUCUCCCGCCGAUUCCUCGCUAACCCCGAUCAGCUCGCCGAUGCGUUCUCCCGUGCCUGGUUCAAGCUGUUGCACCGUGACAUGGGUCCUCGCGUCCGCUGGCUCGGCCCUGAGGUUCCCAAGGAGGUUCUUCUGUGGGAGGACCCCGUCCCCGCCCUUAGCCACCCUCUGAUCAAUCACGAGGAUGCUGCUGAGCUGAAGCGCGAUAUUUUGGCUUCUGGCGUUGAGCCCUCUAAGUUUAUUGCUACUGCUUGGGCCUCUGCCUCUACCUUCCGUGGUGGUGACAAGCGGGGAGGUGCCAACGGUGCUCGCAUCCGCCUCGAGCCCCAGAGCAAGUGGGAGGUCAACAACCCCACCCAGCUUCAAGAGGUUCUGAAGGUCCUGGAGGAUGUCCAGCGCCGAUACAACUCCUCCCAGACCGGAAACAAGCGUGUGUCGCUGGCCGACCUCAUCGUUCUGGCCGGCUGCGCCGCCCUGGAGAAGGCCGCCGGUACCCCCGUUCCCUUCACUCCCGGCCGCACCGAUGCUACUCAGGAGCAGACCGACGCCGAGUCCUUCAGCUACCUCGAGCCCUACGCUGACGGCUUCCGCAACUACGGUACAUCCAGCAAGCGUGUCCGCAGCGAGCAGUUCCUGGUCGACCGCGCCCAGCUGCUGACCCUCUCUGCUCCCGAGAUGACCGUCCUGGUCGGUGGUCUCCGCACCCUAAACGCCAACUGGGACCGCUCCAACGUCGGUGUCUUGACCCAGCGCCCCGGUCAGCUCACCAACGAUUUCUUCGUCAACCUUUUGGACAUGAACACCGACUGGAAGCCCACCGACGACAGCAACGAGUACUUCGAUGGUGUCGACCACAAGACCGGCGCCAAGAAGUGGUCCGCUUCUCGCGUGGAUCUGAUCUUCGGUCACCACUCCGAGCUCCGUGCUCUUGCUGAGCUCUACGGUAGCUCCGACGGCCAGUCAAAGUUCGUACGUGACUUCGUUGCCGCUUGGGACAAGGUUAUGAACCUUGACCGCUUCGACGUGACCUACUCAUCCGUCGUCGGCCGCCCUGCUCCCCGUCUGUAA